UGGGAUCAGAUUCCAUGUCCUUGUGACUCCCAGGCCCGUGCACUAUCCACUAUGCUACGUUGCUUCUCCAGUACAGCGCUUUCCACAAGGAAAAGGGCCAGGUUCUCUGUGUGGGUUGAGAUGGAGAAGUCAGAAAUGAAGAAGAGAAGACGUCUUGAUAAACAAAAUGGAGCCAAUUCAUCUGCCUGAAAGGGGCGUGGAGAGACCAGCACUGGAUUAUCCUUUAAAGGGGAGGGCAAAGGUGGGCCUGAGGAAAGAGAGUUUUAGAAACUCUCAUCCUGCACAUCGGUCGCCCAAGGAGCUUUGACAGCAUCUGAGGUGCCCCCAGCGAGUCCGUUCCUGAAGGUGCUUGGAUACCUCAGCCCGAAAGAAUCUCCCCUUGUCCUGCUUCUGAUCCAGGAGGCCAUGGCCAAGAGCGUGGCAGUAAUUGGAGCCGGUUCUUGCGGACUGCCUGCCAUAAAGUGCUGUUUGGAUGAAGGGCUGGAGCCCACCUGCUUUGAGAAAAGCGACCACAUCGGGGGACUCUGGAAAUUCCAAGAGUACAGUAUCGAAGGCAGGGCCAGCAUAUACAAAUCUCUGACUAUCAACACCUCUAAAGAGAUGAUGUAUUACAGUGACUUCCCCAUUCCAGAAGAUUAUCCCAAUUACAUGCACAACAGUCAGAUCAUGGACUAUUUCCAUUCGUACGCCAAGCACUUCGACCUGCUGAAGUACAUAAACUUCAAGACCACAGUGCUCAGUUUAAAGAAACGACCAGAUUUCUCUGUCACUGGCCAGUGGGAGGUCGUCACUGAGACUCAAGGGGAGAAGAAGUCGGCCAUCUUCGAUGCCGUCCUGGUUUGUACUGGCCAUCAUAUUGACCCUUACUUACCACUGGAGUCUUUCCCGGGCAUAAGUAAGUUUAAAGGGCAGUAUCUGCACAGCCGGGACUACAAGUACCCAGAAAAAUUCAAAGACAAGAGGGUCGUCAUGAUCGGCCUGGGCAACUCCGGGGCCGAUAUCACCGUGGAUCUCAGUCAUUCUGCCACGAAGGUAUUUCUGAGCACCAGGUCGGGAUCGUGGGUGUUAAAUCGGGUUUCGGAUGCGGGCUACCCCCUCGAUGUCAUUCAUUUCACUCGCUUCAAAAAUUUUAUCCGACACGUUGUGCCCCUGGGUCUGCUGAACCUAUGGGGGGAGAACAAAUUGAACUCAAGAUUCAAUCAUGCCAACUAUGGACUGAAGCCUCCCUUCAGGUUUCUCAGCAAAUACCCCAUAGUGGGAGAUGACCUUCCCAAUGCCAUUAUUUCUGGCCGGGUGGCCAUGAAGCCAAACGUGAAGGAGUUUACCGAAACGGCUGUGAUUUUUGAAGAUGGUACCCGGGAAGAGGACAUCGACGUGGUCAUCUUUGCCACAGGCUACUCUUUCUCGUUCCCCUUCCUCGAGGAAUCUGUCCUCAAAAUCAACCGGAACCACCAGGUCUCCUUGUACAAAUUCAUCUUCCCCCCGUACCUGGAGAAACCCACCCUGGCCAUUAUUGGUCAUAUCCAACCCUUGGGUGCCAUCAUGCCAGUGGCAGAACUGCAAGCUCGUGGGGCCAUACGGGUCUUCAAGGGCCUGAUCCAACUCCCUAAAGAAGACGUCAUGAUGGCCGACAUUAUCAAGAAGAUAAAAGAUAAUGAGAAACGGUACGUGCCCAGUCUGCACAUCACCCUGCAGGUGCAGUACAUCGACUACAUGGACGAAAUGGCCACCUUCGUGGGCGUGAAGCCUCCCCUGCUGUUGCUCUUCCUCACCGACCCCAGGCUGGCUUGGGAAGUCCUGUUUGGGCCGUGCUCACCCGCGCAGUUCCGGCUGACUGGACCGGGCAAGUGGGCUGGAGCUCGUGCGUCUAUCCUGGCCCAGAGGGCGAGGAUCGUCAAGGCCACCAAAACCCGGCUGCCUCCCAGCCCCGGUCCCGACCACCCCUUCUCUUUGCCUCUCCUGCUUGUGAAAAGCAUCGGCCUUUUUGCCCUUUUCGCAGUGAUUUGUAUUUACUUGUAAAGCUCCCCUCCGGGGACAUCCCAGACCACGCUGGCCCCACAUGUGACCCCAUUUUGCCCUCUGACUCACGGUCCUUAAAUUGUGUUGCUAAAGAGGUCAGCUGGAACGUGGUUAAUAGGAAGUGGUUUUUAUAAUCUCAUCUCAAAUGCUUUUGUUGAACUGUAGCCAAGUGUUCAUAACCAUUCCUCCUCCAAGACUGGUUAAAUUUUCCAUAGGCCUCCUGGCCAGAGCGUGAAAUGUCAUAUCCUAGGACAGAGAAGAUCCAGUGCUUAGUACAGUGCCUGGCACAUAGUAAGCUCUUAACAAAUGCCAUCAUCAUCAUCAUUAUUACAACUGGCAAAAUGAAAUUGAAGAGAACGGAGAGGAUGGGGGUGAGGCAGAUCAGAUACUCCCACUCCAGGAACCUGAAUCAUCUGGUUAGAUUCCACGAUUUGGAAGAUCUAUCUUAAUGAGUGUGUUACCCCAUCCUGCCCCACCCCCAAAUUUCAUUAUGGUUUUCUUCUGGAAGGAAAUUACAUUUUAGUCUCUUUUUCCGUCCUUCAUAGGAGUAAGCUGGCUUUUGUAUUUUCAGCAUUAAAGCAACCUGCUACCUUCUAUGGCAAA